AUGGCCAGUAAAGAGAGCGGCCAGUGCCCGCACUUCAACAUUCACAGUGGAGUGUGUGGAUGUCCUGAGUUCUGGGUACCAGCGCAACGCCUGCAGAUCGAUCGAGACCCAUCAACACUUCGAGACAUGACCAACACCCAUUCUGACCGAAACACAGCUGAUUCCCGGUUCGGCCCAAGUGUCAACCACAUUCCUGUCCCCAGCCGUACAAAGACCCAGCCAGUAACUACAGCUCCACCUGGUCCGCCCAAAGAGACGUGCUUCUUUUGGUAUCACGGCUCAUGUCGACGGGGUGACGAUUGCGAUCGUCCACAUGAAGCUCAUCCUACUUGGCCUAUACCACCUCCGCCUGGCUUCCGUCACUUUCAGCCCUGCAUGCUCCCAUUGUGCCCUUUACGUGCAGACCUAGCAGCUAUUAAGAAGCCUCAAGAGUAUCAACGACGCUGCCGCGCAAUCGGCGGUCAGAUGGACGGCGCAGCAUUCAGCCGUGCGACGACAUCAAGUAGGAGCUCAAGCUACGGCGACAACAGUAGCAACACCAAUGCGGACACGAUUGAGAUCGAUGAGCACACAGCCGUGAUCUCGUGUGAUCACGAUGUAAACCUUUUCGCACGGUUUGAUCUUGCCUCAUGGACUUCUGCUCGUGAUGUCUGUGGAGAAGAAAUGGGCCAGAAAGGCGAGGGGGCAUUGCAUCAAGAAGCAGGAAGCCACGAAUUCGAUAAAUCUGGCUACAUCGACUUGUUACAGCCGUCUUGCCUGCCGUCUAAUUCAUACAUGCAAGAAGAAGUUUCAUUAUCGAUCAGCCAUCCUGGUACUCUGGGUAAACACCGCCAGGCGCCUUCAACGCAUUCAUCUGAUAUUAAGAACAAACGCGUCAAGCUUGCAGAAGGCACCGCACCCGAUUUCGGCAACGCUAUCUCCAUCCUCGAGCGUCCACGCGUCAAGUCGCAUUGGGACAUCAAGCCGCCCAGCUUUGAAAUUGGCCGCAUUCAUCAUCUCGAGGCAGAAGCAGUGCACCUCGCUCCUGUGCACAUCUCCUCGCCACAGCUACUUCCAAUACUUACAGCCAACAAGGGAUUUGCAUCGUCUGAACCGCAGCCUUUUCAUCCUCCAAAAGGACCUCGUAGCACGAAUGUACCCCCUCUGAUUUGCUUCUUCUUUUACCACAAGGGCUACUGUAAUCCAAAGCGCGGUCGAAGGUGUGGCUACCUCCAUGCCGUUGAUACAUCUCAACAGACUGUCAGUCUACCAAACGGCAUCGACAACCACGAUCCAAUGUGCCCACUCCAGCUAUGUCCGGUUAGGCUACAAACUUUUCGAGGAAAGAGGCAAGAGCCGGCCUUGGUUGCAGGAAGCAGGCAACUCAAGAUCAAGUUUGAAUCAACGAUACCUUCUGCCGUAAGCAGUUCAUCCUUUUACGAAAAAGGGAGUUUUCCACCGCGCCACUACAUGACAGCCAUGCAAAGUACACAUUCAAAUGGUAUCCUAGGGAAUUCAGAACCUCAGCCCUCAGGUAUCGUCAGACGCCGAAUGGAGCAGAAACAGCUCAAGGAGUGUGUUGCUCCGACUGAAUUUGCUUUCACCGUUGAUGACGAGAACCGGACACAAGGAAAGAAAAGAGCCAGGAGACGGAGAAAGGGAGGCAAAGGUCAGGCACGCGCGAAUGCUGCCGAGCGUUUACGCCUGCAAAUAGAAGAAGAAAACUCGAUCUCGCAAGGCCGCAACGCUCACUCAAAUACUUUCGGGGUGCAACGCUCUCUGCCUUCCUUCUGUGUCAAGGAGGGGCUAUCCACUCCUACAGUAACACUGCCGAUUGGCGAUUCAGAAAAGAUGCGAAGAGAGCCACGAUACUGCAUCAAGAAACCACCACAUAAUAAACGUGCUCAACAGUCGGGUUUCGACAUUGCGAGUGCGAGCCAGGACAUGCGAGGAUCUUCGGUGGAGGCAACGCAAGAGUGGACAGUCCAAGACUCUGCAUCAUCGCCGAGAGUAUCGUUAACGUCAUGUCUGCAGGACGCCGCCGGCGCAGUAGCUCAGAACGACACCAACAAGGCUUCAGAGACGUCACAGACUGUGAAUCAAGAUCCUCGUAGAUGGUGGCCACUCAGCAAAGAUGCGCCAAACGGGCCCCCGAAGACGAUUGUGGCGCACGAGUAUUCGCAAGCAUCUCUGGGUUUGUCGCGAGAGAGAAGACGGGCAGCCAUCCACGAAGAGCAGCAUGCAAGGCGCGAGGCAUUCUGCCACAUACAGGAAGCAGAACAUAAGGAGGGAAAGGCCGCACGCGAGGAAACGGCAUACCCAGGAGUCAGUGUAGUGUCACCAAAUAAGACAGCCGUAGGUACCGACAGUGCAACUGAGUACAAGCUGCCUGAAGGCGACCAGCGUCUCGACUGGGAUACUGAUCUUGUGAGGCGACUUUUUGGCGAGAUCGAGUAA